CCAGCCACUAUACCUCAGUUGAAACAUGCGUUUACGGCAAAGAUUGAUUGGGAUUUGGAUAACAACCACACCAUCGUAACACAAUCCGGAACCCGCAUCAGCAUCUGGGGUCGCGAAGGCUACUGGUACGACACCAAGGGCCGCCAAAUCGGCGAGAUCGUCCGCGCAACCGACGACGGCAUCCUCCCUCCCGGAACGCAGUAUCUGGAACUGCAAAUCUACUACGUCGUCCGCCUCGACGACGGCCACUGGGCCUACGUCAAGCAUACCGGUGGUGCUAUUCUCCGCAAGACGCAGAAUGGAAUUGUACGAGUGGAAACAGAGAGUCCGAAGUACAAAUGGCUCAAUCUUGUUGAUUUUGUGGCGCCCGGGUCGUUCAAUGGGACACAGAUCAGGACCGUGCAGCAUUAUUUCCCGAAUGUGAGGGUCCCAGUUCUAGAUAUGGUUGAACGACAUUACUGA